AUCAAAUCGAUAUAGUUCUUCAAUUGGAGUUGUAUAACGAUGUCGAUUGUUGUUGAAAAGUCUGACAUGGAAGAAUCAAAGAACGAAAUCGGUGAUCAAGAAGAAGUAUUGGAAGAUGAAGAAGACAUUUCAUGGUCAUCGGAUUCUGAAAUUGGAGAAGCUUUGGAUUAUUUGGAUUCCAAAGACGAUACAGGAGCAGUUGAUGGAGCUCUUAUACUGAACGCAAGACGGCCAAAUGCUCAUGGAGGAAUCCGUUCUCGUCCUAAUGCGUCUCCUCUUCAACCGCUCUCGAAUCGGAACCAGAAAUUUACUAAUCAUAUUAGAGCGUCGCCUUUAGAGGAGUGGGAAGGAAGGUGGAAUGCUGGCAUGUCAAACUCCGUCACCACUGCAAUCCGUGAAAGCGUGCGUGGGAUGGCUAUUGGCAAGACUAAAACUACUGAAAAAGCUGACCGAGCAACUGUUGAACAGGCAAUUGACCCUAGAACUCGGAUGGUGUUAUUCAAAAUGUUGAAUCGAGGUAUUUUCCAUGAUAUCAAUGGCUGCAUUUCAACUGGAAAGGAGGCAAAUGUUUAUCACGCUACGAGAUCUGAUGGUCAAGAACUUGCGAUCAAAGUGUACAAAACUUCUGUUCUUGUGUUCAAGGAUAGGGAUCGCUAUGUACAAGGUGAUUAUCGCUUCAGAUAUGGAUAUUGCAAGCACAACCCGAGGAAAAUGGUUAAGACAUGGGCUGAGAAGGAGAUGAGGAAUCUUAUGCGACUGAAGACAGCUGGAAUUCGUUGUCCCACUCCAAUUCUUUUGAGGCUCCAUGUCUUGGUUAUGGAGUUCAUAGGCAAGACAGGAUGGGCUGCACCUCGACUUAAAGAUGCUGCACUGUCUCUUGAUAAGUUACGGGAAGGUUAUGUUGAGAUGAUAACUAUAAUGCGGGUACUAUAUCAAAAGUGCAAGCUAGUACACGGAGAUCUUAGUGAGUACAACAUACUUUACCAUGAGGGUCACAUGUACGUCAUUGAUGUAUCCCAAUCUGUUGAUCUGGAUCAUCCUCAUGCACUUGAUUUUCUGAGGGAGGAUUGUGUUCACGUAUCAGAUUUCUUCAAGAAACGUGGAGUAGCUGUCAUGACAAUUCGUGAGUUGUUUGAUUUUAUUGUUGAUCCGGCGAUUAAUGAUGAUUCUGUGGACGCUUACUUGGAGGAGGCUCAACAAAAAAUAUUGGCCCGAGGUGAUGAGAUUUCUGUGGAGGAUGAAAUUGCAGAUGCUGUUUUCGUUCAGUCGUUCAUCCCAAAGACGCUGGAUAACGUGAAGAAUGCCGAAGAAGACGUAAUACGACUAACGAGUGGGCAAGACACCGGAGAUAUGUACUAUCAGACUAUUACAGGGCUCAAGCACGCUCUUUCGAUCGAACAGCAACAACAUCAUGAAGCCAAUCUUCAACAAGACUCCCCUGCCGACCCAAAAGAACCUUCCGACUUGCAGGAUCAUGAAUCAGAGACCGAAACCGAUGAAGAAAACUCCGAGGAUUCCGAAGACGACACAUCUUCUUCCGAUGAUGGAAAACCGACACCUCUUGAGAAAAAGGCAGCGAGAAAAGAGAACAAGAAGAAAGUAAAAGAAGAGAAAAGAGAAGCUCGAAAAACUAAAGUGCCGAAAGCUUUGAAGAAGAAAAAGAAGAAGCUGGCAAAGGCAAAGAAAUAUCGAUAGAAACCGUAAAUGAUCGGAAUCUGCCGGAGUGGCAUGGACGAGGACUGGUUAGGACCGUAGUCAAACCGGUUUGAACUGUUAUCCCGACCGGUUAGGACCAGGACCAGGACCAGGACCAGAUGGGGGGCUAAGGACUUGGUCUGGUUCUUUUGUGUUACAAUUUUGCAGGAAGAUUUUUUGUAUAUUGUAGGAAAUCUCAAGGUAUUUUGUGUUGUGAUGAGUUUCUUUGCCUGUUUGUUUACUUUUACCGAUGGGAUCAUAUUUGAUUGGAAAUGAUGAUUUCA